AAUGACCACAUCUUGGGCUAAUAGCAUAUUUGUUGUCUUGUGCUGAAAUUAAUUCAUUUUGUUAGAAAAAUAGGGAGUGGUAGGGAUCAAAAUCUAGAUCACUUGGUCAUAGAGGCUCUGAUAUCAUGUCUCAACUACCCCAAAUGAUCAAGCUGUUAUAUAAAGAGACGCGGGUGGCUUUACAUUAUAUUUCUAACAGGUAUAUUCUUACAGGAACUGCCACUGAAUGCAGAGAGCUGAUCCAACAACCAAUACAAGAACAGCCAGCUGAAAAUGCCUAUUCUGUUCAUAAUAUGCUUGAACUUAACUCUGAACUGAAGCAAUUAGUGAAACAGGGACAACUUUGUAAAGCUAGGUAUAUGUUUGAUAAAAUGACUCACAGAGAUGAGAUUUCGUGGACUACAUUAAUAGCUGGUUAUGUCAAUGCCUCAGACUCGUAUGAAGCAUUGAUCUUGUUCUCAAAUAUGUGGGUCCACCCAGGACCUCAAAGGGAUCAAUUCAUGAUUAGUGUUGCACUCAAGGCUUGUGCGCUUGGUGUCAACAUAUGUUUUGGAGAAUUAUUACAUGGAUUUUCAGUGAAAUCUGGUUUAAUACACUCAGUGUUUGUCAGCAGUGCCCUAAUAGACAUGUACAUGAAAGUUGGCAAAAUAGAACAAGGUUGCAGAGUCUUUGAGAAAAUGAUGACAAGAAAUGUAGUAUCAUGGACUGCUAUUAUUGCGGGGCUUGUACAUGCUGGCUACAAUAUGGAAGGAUUAUUGUACUUUUCUGAAAUGUGGAGAUCAAAAGUGGGCUAUGAUUCACAUACAUUUGCCAUUGCUUUAAAAGCAUCUGCUGAUUCAAGUUUGUUACAUCAUGGGAAAGCUAUACACACACAAACAAUAAAACAAGGAUUUGAUGAGAGCUCCUUUGUGAUUAAUACUCUGGCUACAAUGUAUAAUAAAUGUGGGAAACCUGACUAUGUCAUGCGAUUAUUUGAAAAAAUGAGGAUGCCAGAUGUGGUUUCAUGGACAACCCUUAUUUCGACUUAUGUACAGAUGGGUGAAGAAGAACAUGCAGUAGAAGCAUUUAAAAGAAUGAGAAAAUCAUAUGUUAGUCCCAAUAAAUACACUUUUGCAGCCGUAAUUUCUUCCUGUGCAAAUCUUGCUGCUGCUAAAUGGGGCGAACAGAUACAUGGUCAUGUAUUGCGUCUAGGUUUGGUAAAUGCUUUGUCAGUGGCAAAUUCCAUCAUUACUCUUUAUUCAAAAUGUGGGCUGCUAAAGUCAGCUUCACUAGUGUUUCAUGGUAUAACUAGAAAAGAUAUUAUCUCUUGGAGCACUAUAAUUUCUGUUUAUUCUCAAGGAGGUUAUGCAAAAGAAGCUUUUGACUAUCUAUCAUGGAUGAGAAGGGAAGGGCCAAAACCAAAUGAAUUUGCUCUUUCUAGCGUGCUGAGUGUUUGUGGAAGCAUGGCACUGCUUGAGCAAGGAAAACAGGUGCAUGCUCAUUUACUGUGCAUUGGCAUAGAUCAUGAAGCAAUGGUUCAUAGUGCUAUUAUUAGCAUGUAUUCAAAAUGUGGAAGUGUACAAGAAGCUUCAAAAAUCUUUAAUGGGAUGAAAAUCAAUGACAUUAUAUCAUGGACAGCCAUGAUUAAUGGGUAUGCUGAACAUGGUUAUAGCCAAGAGGCCAUUAAUUUGUUUGAGAAGAUUUCCAGUGUUGGUUUAAAGCCAGACUAUGUAAUGUUCAUCGGGGUUCUGACAGCAUGUAACCAUGCUGGAAUGGUUGAUCUUGGUUUCUACUAUUUUAUGUUAAUGACUAAUGUUUACCGGAUCAGUCCUUCAAAAGAACACUAUGGUUGCCUCAUUGAUCUUCUAUGCAGGGCAGGGCGAUUGAGUGAAGCUGAGCACAUAAUACGAAGUAUGCCAUUCCAUACUGAUGAUGUUGUGUGGUCUACCUUACUCAGAGCAUGUAGAGUGCAUGGGGAUGUUGACCGUGGAAGAUGGACAGCAGAACAGUUACUUCAAUUGGAUCCAAAUUCUGCUGGAACUCAUAUUACUCUGGCUAACAUAUAUGCUGCCAAGGGGAGAUGGAAGGAAGCUGCACAUAUAAGAAAGUUAAUGAAGUCAAAGGGAGUGAUAAAGGAGCGAGGAUGGUCUUGGGUUAAUGUCAAUGAUCAAUUAAAUGCAUUUGUUGCUGGGGAUCAGGCUCAUCCACAAAGUGAACAUAUCACAACCGUUUUGAAAUUAUUAAGUGCAAAUAUAGGAGAUGCUCAGCAGGAAAUAAGAUCUCUUCAUGAAGAUGUUGAGGAUUUAGCAUAUAGCUGCAUUCUGUCUCAUGGGAAUGCUAGAAAAUAGUUGUUUUUUUCUGAGUUUCCAUAUUUCAUAAAUUUCAAAUGAUUAUUGGAAAUUGGUUUUCCUGGUCUAAUUAUUUUAAAACAUCUAGCUUGAUGUAUUCAAAAACUGAGUUAGACGGCAUUCAGAAAAUUGCAAGUUCUUUUUGACAAAGCAUAAU